AUGUCCAAGAAAUUAACUUUGGAGCUCCUGUAUCCCGAAGAAAUGCUUCGUAUCACUGAUGAAUUCAUCAUUAUUAUUCCGAUUAACUUCGUAAAAAUGGCGAGCAUUUAUGAUAUGAGAAAGGAAUGUAACGAAGCUUCAAAGGUAAAUCCUCGAAAAUUUCUUAAUCAUCAGACUAAGGAUUGCUUUGGAAUCUACCAAGGGAAGGAAAGGUAUUACCCGCGUUAUUUGAAAUAUGAUCGAUCACAUAUCAAAGAAAUCAAGAAUAAUACGGGUCUAUACCUUUCAAAGUUGAAGUAG